AUGUUGUCGUCGGUUCCACAGAGAAAGACUCGGUGGAAAUCAAAGAAGACAGUAAAAGUCACAAGAUCUUUUCCAACCUUCCCUCCCCUAAAUGCCUGGGAAGAAGUCAGGGGCCUCUUGCCUGUGGAUGGGGAGCCAAACCCUGGAGUGGGCCUGGGUGUAGAGGAGGGACUGCUCUGCCAGAUGCUUCAUUCUCCAGAAUUCAACCUAUUUCCUGACUCAGUGGUAUUUGAAAGCAACUUUGUCCAGGUCAGAAAGGGCAGGAGCUGGAUAGACAUCUACAAAGCCUCCAACACCAUGGCCCUUGGGGUAACCUCCUCUGUGCCCUGCCUGCCCCUUCCCAAUAUCCUCCUCAUGGCUAGUGUCAAAUGGCACCAGGGACAGAGCCAGACAUGGAACAGACCAUCUACAGCCCCAAACAUCAAGCUGAAGAGGAUUCUCCCAUUGAAGUUUGUGGAGCUCCAAGUCUACGACCAGCUUCAGCGCAUCCUGCGGUUGAGGACAGUCACUGAGAAGAUCUACUAUCUCAGGCUCCACCCUGACCAUCCUGAAACUGUCUUCCACUUCUGGAUCCGACUGGUUCAAAUUCUGCAUAAGGGCCUGUCUAUCACCACCAAAGACCCUAGGAUUCUUGUCACUCACUGUCUGGUACCCAAGAAGAGCUGCAGCCCCUCGGGAGACUCUAACUUAGUACAGAAGAAACCCCAAGCCUCCCAGCCCAGUGAGAGCCUCAUGCAGCUGAUGGCCAAGGGGGAGAGUGAGGCACUCUCUCAGAUUUUUGCCGACUUGCACCAGCACGAUGAGUUCAGGAGCAGCAAAAAGACACAGACCAAAUGGGACAGCUCAGAGAAAGACACUCCCAGCGAAGACAGCAUCCCUUGCACGCGUGACCUCAGUUGGAGAGAUUCAUUCACUUAUGGAGAGUGGGAAAGAGAGAACCCCUCUGGGCCCCAGCCCCUUUCACUCCUCAGCACCCUGGCAGCCUCCACCAGGCCACAGCUGACCUCACUCAUAGCUGAGUUGAGUGAAAUCCUAAAUGUGGCAGCUCCCUAG